UCAUUCAGUCUGGUCUCGGCAUGCAAGAGGCAGCAUGUGUGAGUAUGUGCUGUGAUGUGUGUGUGUGUGUGUGUACAGUCGAGCAGGAGUCGCCUCACGGAUGCAAGGAUUCCCCCCUGUAAGAGAGAGAGGACACGUGUGUGACGGUGUUUUAACCAUCACUGGGAAUUAACUGUUACACACGCAGACGUGGAGCAGGAGCAGGAGGGCAAACCGACACCACCGUUGUGGAGGAUCAUGCGGUCGGUGAGAGACGACGACGACGCCGCCGCGAUGAUGUGGGGAUGCUGGUGAUGCGGACGCUUGACCACAGUUGAAUCAUGGGAAACGCGGAGAGUCAGAAUGGGGACAGCGGUUUCUACGGCGAUGGGACGGGACAACUCUCCCGUAAGCACACGUCCCGCUCGCUCCGUCUCUCCACCAAGCAGCCGAUCACCCGCCGCUCCCGGCACUCCUCCUCGGUGAAACAGGAGCACAGGAACUCGGAGGCCUCGACCCGCUCCUCCAGCACGCCCAGCAUCCCGCAGUCGCUGGCGGAGAACGGACUGGAACCCUUCAGCGCCGCGGAUGCGUUCGGGGAGUUCGGCAUCAACCCCCACUGGACACAGCGCGUCGCCAUGACCAUGCGGCCGGAGUCCUACCAGCAGGACGACGACCCUUUGGCCACGCCGACCCCCGAGACCUCGGAGGCGGACACUGUCGCGCAGGAUGGAGGGGAGGACUCCACGGGGGAGGGGGAGGGGGACGCCGCCGGAGAGGAAAGGUACCUCCAGCGGAUGGCCGAGGGCCCCCGGGAGGGAGGGAGUUUCAAGAAGAAGCGGUCAAAGUCUGCAGACAUGUGGAGAGAGGACAGCCUGGAGUUCUCUCUGUCCGACCUGAGCCAGGAGCAUCUGACCAGCACGGAGGAGAUAAUAGGCGCAGGAGAAGAAGAGGAGGAGGAGGAGGAGCAGUUCUCACAUCCCGGUGCAGGCUCGGCUGAAAGAGCAUCGUCUCUGGACCAUCUGUGCAGCCAGCAGAGCGCCGGCCUCAGGGGCCAGAGGGGCCGCUACCCCAAGAACCGGGCGGGAGCCGGUCGUGACGACAGAGAGGGAGGAGGGGAGGAGGGGCUGAUGUCCCCAGCCGAGGAGGACGUCGGCGGCUACGGAGCGUUCACGCUUCCGUGCCGGCGGUCCCACUGUCUGUCCGAGGGCCUGGCGGGGCUCGGCAUCCCGGCGGCGCCGCGCCCUGCUUUCCAGGGGCGCCGCGCACAAACUACCCAGGACAUCUCCGGUGUUCUGGGCGAAGGGAGUGAGUAUGGCGACAGCGGCAUUGACGGCGUCGCGGCGGAGAUGGACGGGGAGCUGGCGUCGCGGCGCUGCAAGGCCAUGUCGGCCUCUUUCUCGGUGUACUCGGCCGCCGAGAGCAGCGUCUUCAACGGCAGCGACAGCGGGAGCAGCAGCGCCGGAGGCGGAGAAGGCAGGGGCGGCGAGGGAGGACGGGGGGGAGUGUACGAGAACUUCAGGAAGGAGCUGGACAAUCAAGCCUGGGCACGGGGCCGGGACUGCGCGGAGGAGGCCGGCUCGGCGGUGAGCGACGAGCAGAGCAGCGGCACGCUCAGCGGCGCCUAUCCGUCGGACAUUCUGAUUGGCUGCGCACAGGGCACGGUCAGGAAAGCGGGAGCUCUGGCGGUGAAGAACUUCCUGGUCCACAAGAAGAACAAGAAGGUGGAGCCCGCCACGAGGCGCAAGUGGAAACACUACUGGGUGUCCCUGAAAGGCUGCACCCUCUUCCUGUAUGACUCGGACGGUCGUUCGGGCAUCGACCACAACAGCGUUCCGAAACACGCGCUGUGGGUGGAGAACAGCAUCGUCCAGGCCGUGCCCGAGCACCCCAAGAAGGAUUUCGUCUUCUGCCUCAGCAACUCGGUGGGGGACGCUUUCCUCUUCCAGACGUCGGGCCAGACGGAGCUGGAGAACUGGAUCACGGCGAUCCACUCGGCGUGCGCCGCCGCCCUCGCGCGGCAGCACCACCGGGAGGACACGGUGCGGCUGCUGCGCGCCGAGAUCCGCAAGCUGGAGCAGAAGAUCGACAUGGACGAGAAGAUGAAGAAGAUGGGAGACAUGCAGCUGUCCACCGUCGCCGACGCCAAGAAGAGGAAGACCAUACUGGAGCAGAUCUCCGUGUGGGAGCAGAACCUGGAGCGGUUUCACAUGGACCUCUUCCGCUGCCGGUGCUACCUGGCCAGUCUGCAGGGCGGCGAGCCCCCCAACCCCAAACGCCUGCUGGGCUUCGCGUCGCGUCCCACCAAGCUGGCCAUGGGGCGGCUGGGCAUCUUCUCUGUCUCCUCCUUCCAUGCACUGGUGUCGGCCCGUACGGAGAGCAGCGCCAGGAGGCGGAGCCAGGCCAUGCCGCGCACCUUCAGUAAACGCCGGAGCCGUUUCUCCUCCCUCUGGGGGCUGGACACCACCUCAAAGAGGAAGACCAAGGGACAUCCCUCCAUUAACCAGGUGUUCGUUGAUGGGAUGGAGUCCGCCAGGAAACCCUUGGAGCGCAUGUUUGAGGACUCCGCCAGUGAGAAAUCUAAGGAGCGAGCGGGUUCGGUGAAGAGUCUUCCCCAGCAGAACGUGGACAGCUUCAUUUGGGUUCCUGAUUACCUGACUCCCUCCUGGGUGUGUCUGCCAAACAACCAGCCCGUCCUGGCCAUCGUACAGCCCGGGGACACGGCGUUGGAAGUGCUCAGCACCAUCUGCAAGACCCAUAAGAUUGACCGAUCCGGCCACUACCUGCGUUUGAAAGUGUGGGCGGACAACCAAAUGCUCCUCUGCGUUCCUAAGCUCGAAGACGACAUCUCCGAUCUGCUCUACAAAGAGAUUGAGAUCUGCCCCAAAACUACGGAGGUGAUACGGUUUGACAACGCCGAGUCCUGCACCAUCGGAUACGGUUUUUCCGUGGCUGUUAUAGACGAGGACGGGACGCAGCAGCUCCAUGUCACGGAAGUGAAAGAAGGCGGACUGGCCUCAGCGAAAGGGUUGAAAGCCGGGGACGAGCUCCUGUUGCUGAAUGGAAAGCCCGCGUCCGCCCUGCAAAUGGACGACAUGAGGGCUGCGUUCGUGAACCAAGCGCUGACCUUGUGCGUCAGCACCCGGCCCCGGCUGGACCCCCGGGCGCUGUGCUCCGCCCCGCCGCGGCGCUCCGACGGGGAGCAGGACCCGGCCACAGACAUCUUCUCCCAGAGCCAGGAGGACAUCCUGGACGAGGUGUCGGGCCUGACGGUGGAGAGCCCGGAUCAGAGUUUGGAGGACGGACCUCCGCUGGGCCUGCAGAGCCCCGGAGAUCGUCAGGCAGACAAAAGCGGCGCGGCGACGGGACCGAAGAGCACGGAGCAGGUCACGGCGUUCUGCCGCAGUCUCCACGACAUGAACACGCUGGAGUGCCCCAUGUCGUGCUCGUCGUCCUCCUCCUCCUCGUCCCUCCCGCCGAGCCCCGUGUCGGCCUUGCCGCCCGCGGCGGGCGCCGCCGCUCAGAGGCAGCUCUCCCACGCAGACAAACUCCGCAAGGUCAUCAAUGAGCUGGUGGAGACGGAGAAGACGUACGUCAAAGACCUGAGCUGCCUAAUAGAGUGCUACCUGACACCUUUGCAGAAAGAGAGUUUCCUUACGCAGGAUGAGCUGGACGUUCUGUUCGGCAACCUCGGCGAGAUGGUGGAGUUCCAGGUGGAGUUCCUGCGGACGCUGGAAGACGGAAUCAGACUGGUGCCGGAUCUGGACAGACUGGAGAAGGUGGAGCAAUUUAAGAAAGUGCUGUUCUCCUUGGGCGGCUCAUUCCUGUACUAUGCCGAUCGCUUCAAGAUCUACAGCGCCUUCUGCGCCAGCCACACCAAGGUCCCCAAGGUCCUGGCUAAAGCGAAGACCGAUCCCGAUUUCAAGGCCUUCCUGGCUGAGAGGAACCCCCGACAGCAGCACUCCUCCACCCUGGAGUCGUACCUGAUCAAACCCAUCCAGAGGGUCCUGAAGUACCCGCUGCUGCUGAGGGAGCUCUACUCGCUCACCGACCCGGACAGCGAGGAGCACUACCACCUGGACGUUGCGAUGAAGGCCAUGAACAAGGUGGCGAGUCACAUCAACGAGAUGCAGAAGCUGCACGAGGAGUACGGCGCCGUUUUCGACCAGCUCAUCAACGAACAGACCGCGGUCAGGAAAGAGGUGGCCGACCUCUCCAUGGGGGAUCUGUUGCUGCAUUCCACAGUGGUAUGGAUCAACCCGCCGUCCGCUCUGGUCAAAGGCAAGAAGGACCCGGACUUGGCGGCUUUUGUGUUCAAAACAGCCGUGGUGUUUGUCUACAAAGAAAGCUCCAAGCACCGGAAAAGAAUCGGCGGAUCUCACCGCGCCUCUGUGAGCGACGACAGGGAUCCUUUCCGAUUCCGUCACAUGAUCGCAACGGACUCGCUGCAAGUCCGCGCCCUCGCCAACUCCGAGGGCACAGCAGUGUGUGAGAUCGUUCACACGAGAUCCGAAUCUGAAGGCCGACCGGAGAGAGCCUUCCAGCUGUGCUGCAAUUCUCCAGAUAGUAAGAAGGACUUUCUGAAAGCGGUCCACUCCAUCCUGAGGGAAAAGCAGCGCCGGCAGCUUCUCAAGACCGAGUCUCUGCCCCCCAACCAGCAGUACGUCCCAUUCGGGGGCAAGCGCUUGUGUGCCCUCAAGGGGGCACGGCCCGCCAUGAACAGAGCAGCGUCAACUCCAUCUCGAACGCUGGCCCGCAGGAAGCUGGUGAGGAACCGCUUCACCAUCGACACCGACCUGGUUUUCCACGGCAACAACAACAACAGCACCGAGUCGGACCCCUCUUCCCACCCUUCCUACCCUCCCCCCCGCUCGCCGCCGCUGCGGCACGCCCUCCCUCAGUCCCACAAGCCCCAGGGAGAGGACACGGACCGUUGGGUGGAGGAGCAGUUCGACCUGGGCCCCUACGAAGGCCGGGGCGAGGGCGUCGACGUGGGCCAGGUGAAGGAGACGGACAUCCUGAGCGACGACGACGAGUACUGCGAGUCUGUGCGCGCCGCGUCGGCAGAGCCGGCCGAGCUGGAGGGGAGGAUGGACGGACUCGACCUACAGGGCCACAACCUGAACGGACGGCUGCAGCGUAGAAACGAGCUCAGACACGGUGCGACGGAGGAGGAGGUGGAGGAGGAGGAGGAGGAACUCGAUGGAGUGAAGCGCGGUGACGGUUCGGGCUCGGCGGACUCCUUCACCUCCCGUGGCGCCUCCCUGACCCGCUGCGCGACCCCGACUCUGAAGCUCGCGCCGCUGACGCAGUGCGCCGCGGACAGCGACCACGACGUCAUCUGGGUGCGACGGGACGACCGCUUCGCCAACGGGUGCAACAGUGACGUAUUCUGAAGCGACGAAGGGGAGGAGACGGCGGGGUUUUUUUUUUUCUUGCGCGAGGAAACGAGGGGGUGAAAGUGGGACAAGGGCUUUAAAUGUGUGUGUGCGUUGAAGGAGAACCUUGUAUGGAAGGUGUUGAACCUCAGCCAGUCCUCCCUCGUUUGACUUCACAACCCCUCUUCCUCCCACCGCACACCUCUGUCUCCCCCGCUCAGACCUCAAGUACUGAAACGCCCAAGUGAGUAAGGGAAGACAAAAGAAAGGUACUCUGCUUCAUCUGAGGUAUCUUGAAAAAACCUAGAGAUUCUCGUCCUCGCGCUGCUUAAACGUAAAACUACAUUGAGCAGAGUCCUCACCGUCUUUCCAACAUGCACCCGGGCCUCACACACACUGACACACACACACGCACGCACACACACACAGUACAGUACAACCAUGCAUGUACCACAUGGGUGGAAGCACAGACACGGAGACUCGAGGCAGCUACUGUACUGAAGAGACGUCGUCACCGGGAACUGUGACUUUCUGGCCAAAAAAGAGAAAAGGUUUAUUUUUUUUAAACGCAGGAAUGUGGGUGUUCUAUAUUUUUCUGACUGGGAAACCGUGUUUGUAUUUUGACGCUCAAAGGGCUGGUUGUGUGUGUGUGUGUGUGUGUGUGUGUGUGUGUGUGUGUGUGUGUGUGUGUGUGUGUGUGUGUGUGUGUGUGUGUGUGUGUGUGUGUGUGUGUGUGUGUGUGUGUGUGUGUUACUGAACUUCUCUUCAGGGUCUUUUGGCUUAACGACUGCUGCGUUUAAGAAAGGAAAACAAGACAAAGAAAGAUGGCGAGAUUCAACUAGCUUUAUCGUGCUCUUUACCGUUUCAACUCAAUAUCAGCUGCACACGUGGUGUAAAGUCAGGAGGGCAGUGGAGUGCCGUUAAACCUCUUGUGUAAAAAAAAAAUGUUUUGAAGCUCACGUUUGUCUCCUAGAACAUUCCCUUUUUAAAAAAAAACAAAAAAACCAAUGCAUAGUUUACCAAUUCUUUUAUUUAACUCUCGCAUUUUUACUGUCAAUUUUUUAAAAAUGUUUACACCACAUUCAGCUGCCCAGUGUUACAAGCCACCUCUCCGUGUCCUCCGCACCAAUGUCCCGCCUUUGACUUCUGUUGCCCAAAUAAAGCGGCAAUUUCUUUCGGGUGAAAGGUCAUCCAGGUCAUCAAGCCCCCGAGGCCACGCGCCUGCUCUCUCCGUGUCCCAUCGCCCGCGACAACUGCUCUAAUAUUUCCCCCAACAAUCCUGUUUUACUUGAAAAAAAAAAGAUGUCUCUGUUGUUUAUGAAAACCGGUGUCCGACUGUAACUCCAGGGGAGAAGAGGAAACCGGCGCAGUUUUGCUUUGACCAAUUCAGACAUCAACUUCUUCUCUUGCCCGCUCCUUUUGACCUUUUGUCAUGUCAACCGCACGGAGAGAGAGAGAGAGAAAAAAACUGAGACAAACUUGCUCUUUCUCCUGCAUCUCUUCCCUCCAUCCACCAGGCUGUGCUGUUUCACUGUAUGUCACCACCACCACCACCACCACCACCAACAACAACAACAACAACAACAACACACUUGCUGAGAUCAACACAGUCGUCGUCGUCGUCAUCAUCAUCGCACCUCAAUGGAUGUAUUGAACAUGCACUUAAUACCCAACUGUCCGAGGGGGCGGGGGUGGUGUCGGCUCAGCAAGUUACUGUGAGUCAGAGAUUGAUGGGGGGGUUGAGUUACUCUGGAUGUUCUUAGAAUUGUGUUUUGUAUUACGAUGCUGGUUCCUUAGAUUUGUAGCUUUUCCGGCCGAUGACGAUGCCCAGUGAGGACGUUGAGAGACUGUGAGGUACAAUCGCCUUGUCCCUGGAGGGAAACCCCCUUUGACUUCUUCUCCCUUUGUACUAAACUGUGUUCGUACAUUUUGAAAACAAAAAGCAGCGGAGUAUCAUUUUUAUGUCUAAAUAAAUUUUCUAAAUUUA